UCUAUACGCAAAUAAAACAACCGGGACAAUACUGUACUAAAUAAGUUUGUAACUGACUUGCCUUCUAGAAAGACAGCUAAAUAAACAUCCACACUUGCCGAAACUAAACUUUGAUUUUGUUACUGGAGAAACUUCUACCUUGGCCAUCGUCAAGAUGGACACGAGUAGAUUUCUGACCUUCAGGACCAAAUUCAGAUUGCCGAGUCGUCUCAAGAAAAAGAGACGCUCACAGCAGCAUCAUCAUGAACCAAGCCUCGAUAUGGAACAGCCGCCAUCUUAUGACGAGUGCUCAGUGUUCUUUUACGCACCUCCAUCUUACGAGGAGAGCGUACGUCAAACGGAGCUACCUCGUACUCAAGAAAGACAUGUCACUAAUAAUAGGAUGAGCUGGUUCAGUGAUACGUCAACCUCGUCCUUCAUGACAGCGAGUUCAUCCCCCUCAUCAUCAUCCUCCUUCUCCUGCUCAAGGUGCGCACCGACAGCCCCGCCCUUCUCUCCCCUGUCGACGCCGAUUGACACUUCGUCGACACUUUCUUUGUGGCUGUCGGCGGUAUCUUCUUCCAACUCGAGAAAUGGUGAGAAUAUGUCGAGGAUGGGAAGCAGAAAUCGAAGCUCAGAAUCUCUCAUAAGCAACACAUCAGAGUCUGACGUCAUCGCAAGAACACAACCACGCCUGCGCAGUUGGACACAGUGCUUGAGGUGGGUGGUACAAUACACACUCGAGAAGAAUUUCAAGAGUACGAUCGCACAUUUUCAUUGCCUGGUAAAAAACGCCAUCCGUGUGUCUCAACAGAACGGACGCAACUCCGAGAUGUACCCAAUUCGUCUAGCUACCCUGGCCGUCCCAAGACCCUCCUCACUCAGCCUUAAAACAUGGACAGAGUUUAUUCUCUCAAUGGGUUUUAAAUUCUCACAAACCAACAACCUAAACAUAAACAACAACAACGACGAAAAUGAUAGCAGUUACUUAGCUAGCGUGAUUGCAAGUUUGAAUGAAACCAACAACAACAACAACAAUAACAACAACACUAACGACAACAACAACAACAACAACAACAACAACUACAACAACAACAAUGGGAACGUCAGCAGUAACGAGUUGGGAGAUUUGUCCGUGAUCGUUCCAGCGGGUUUGGUACCGAGCAGAUUGAUGAAGUACCGGCAUGUCUUAACGGGUUUACUCGAAUUACCUCACACUUCGAUCAAGACUGCGGCAAACCUGUCAAGAACAGAGACUGAACGGAUCAUUGAACUGCUGACACCCCUUAUCCAAGCUCCUCCUCCUCGCACGCUGUCUGUUGAGCACGCCCUCGUUCGGCCGAUAUGGGACAUUCACAGGAGGCCCGGAUGUUUCUUGAUGUCGUUGGACUUUGCGGAGUUUCGAUCCGAAGGAGGACAAUUCCUGAAGGUUCCGACUGGAGAGGUUGCUAGGAGACAAUUUCAUCUUGCCAAACUAGUCCUGGAGAUGUUUCUAAGGACCUAAAUCUCUUCGAAAUGUUCCUUCAUUACCAAAUCCAAGUUGAGGACUAUAGCGGUGCAACCAUCUUGUUGUUUUUCUCAUAAUUUUAAUAUGAGAUGGACCCAAGGGAUGCAUGGUCGAAAUAACACGCUCACUUCGGCCGACCGAGACCCAUACUUUACAGAGAGCAUAGAAGGAUGAUGGUUUAGUUAUUAUUAGUUCGUCUAAGUAGAGAAAUUUACUUCUAUAUUAUUUAUUUUUUCUAACUAAUUUGGAAUACCACAGUAUUCCAGUGACAUAACAAUAACUUGUCAGAAAACAGACAAUGAAAACACCAUGUGAAUAGAGGACAACUGGGCAUUGUUCCAAGCUUUGUAAAAUUAUUCAAGUAUUUUGAAAAAAAAAAAACGAAAUUAGAGGACGCACAUUUUGUCGAGCUGCUAGUUUGUGUUUGUUUGAUUUUGAUGUGUAACUAACCGAAUUGUUAUUAAAAUUAACAUGGUAUGUUUUAGAUUGUCAGAGAUUUAAGUCUUUUAUUCACCAACGAAUACAAAAGACUAGCGCUUAGAAAAGACAAAUGUUUAUCGAGAAAACACAAACUUGUUCUCGUUCUUCUAUUUUUACUAUUAGUGAUAUUAAUAUUUUGCAUUUUAUUAUUAUGCUAAUUUCUUUUUACCAAGGUGGACCUCCGUUGCCUCUGUCCGGUGAGGGCGCUAAUUGGUCUUCUUGACUCAGCCACAGUCGGAAUGUAAUAGCAUUAUUUUUUUAGUUUUAUUCUGACGUGAUUUUAUUAACUAUUUGAACUUUUUACGCAUUGUUCAUUGAUCGUACAUUUCAUGACAAAUAUUUUAUGAGUAAUAAAAUGUUAUUAUAAU